UUUGUUUCGUUGUGUCUUGCCGUAAACUGGAAGCAAUUGAACUCCAUUUCGAUGGCACAUCUACAGUCAUAAUGGAUUGUUGAGAACUGUGGAUGCAGUGAGGAAAAAGUCGCUGUCGCAGACAUGUAAGGCUGGAUAGAUAGAUAGGUAGCGGAUUCUUCUAACUAUGGCAAACUGGUGAAAGGUGGCCCUUCCGUCACGGUGCUCCCCAGCCGGCGUCUCUGCUGCCAUGGAGGUGGGCAGCCUCCCUGUGGAGCUGUGGAGGGUUAUCUUAGCCUACCUGCCUCUCCCUGACCUGGGCCGCUGCUGCCAGGUGUGCCGUGCCUGGCGGGAGCUCAUCCUCUCUCUAGACAACACCCGCUGGAGACAACUCUGCUUAGGCUGCCGUGAGUGCAGACAUCCCAACUGGCCCAGUCAGCCCCAUCUGGAGCCCCCAUCCUGGAGAGAGGCCCUGAAGCAGCACGCCCUAGCCACCCGUACCUGGACUCAAAAUGGCCCAGAGCUCCAGUCUUCUGCCUGCCUCCUGUUUUUCCGUCGUAGAAAAGACCGCAGGGUUUGGCAUGUGGGGCCUGGAUGUGAGUUUGAGACUCUACGUGGGGCACUUGGGGUGGCGGGGCCAUAUGACCGUGUGCUUCUCCAUCCAGGGGUGUAUGAGGAGCAGGCUGAAAUGGCGCUGAAGGUGCCUGUGGAGCUGGUUGGGCUGGGACAAUUGGGCGAGGUGGCCCUCCUGGUGUGUAUGGAGCAGCAGUGCCCUACUGCCAGGCUGUGUAAUCUGGUGUUCAUGCCACCCUGGUUCACCACUGUGGUCUACAAGACCUCAUGGGGUCACGUACAGCUAGACAACUGCAACUUUGAGGGGGCUCAGUUGCAAAUUCGCGGCCCAGGAACCUGCCAGGCUCGCUUCUGCUCCUUCUCACAGGGCAGCUCAGCCCACUUGCUGGGCAUUGUCCUCAGUUUAUUUGACAGCUGUGACUUCUCUGGAAGUGACACGGCUUCUGUGACAGUUGAAGGUCCUCCGGUUUCAGAAAGGAGUUGGGCUUGCAAACACUUGGCUGCCCUGGCCAGGACAUUGCCAUCAUGCAGCGCAUCCAGGAAUGACAAUAGUCCUCCCAGUGGCCUUCUGGCUGGCUCCACUGGUGGGCAUCAACCUCCAGGCACUAAUGUUAAAAAUGAACAUGUGACCAUAGAAGACUGGCAGAGGAGGACUGGGGUAGAUGCAGUGUGUCAGGGCACGGUGAUUGAAGACUGCUGGAGUGAUGGUGACCGCAGCGAGGGAGAGGAGCAGAACCAAGAUGGAGGAGGAACUAAGAACACCCCGUUUACACUGGAUUACAAAAUUCCAUGUGACCAUCAUGGCCUAUCCCAUCUGCUCAAACCCCGGCCAGAUGGCUCUCUGCCACUGGCCUCCUCCCCGAAUCCCCCAUCUGUGACCCCUGAACCCCUCACCCUUCAGCAAGAACUAGACAGGGACCCGGAAGCUCAGAUGUUGGCAGCAUCCACCUUUGGCUGUAUCCUCAGACGCUGCCUCUUCAGGGAAGGGAAGGGUGGCGUGCAUUUGUCUAAUUACGGACAAGCUCGGCUGGAGGGCAAUGUUUUCCGUGGGCUAAACUAUGCCGUCCGCUGCAUCCAGAACUCCACGAUAGUGAUGCUGAGAAACGAGGUGUGUGAGUGCCGUGCAUCAGGUGUGUUCCUGCGCCUCUCUGCUCACGGCCUCAUCGCAGAAAACAACAUCCACUCGAAUGGGGAGGCGGGGCUGGACAUCCGGAAAGGGGCUAACCCCAUCAUUGUGUGCAACAAAAUACACAGUGGUUUGCGUUCAGGGCUUGUUGUGCUUGGCAAUGGGAAGGGUUCAAUUCGGAGCAACCACAUCUAUAACAACAAGGAAGCAGGCGUGUAUAUUCUCUUCAGUGGGAAUCCUGUGGUCAGUGGGAAUCACAUCUUCCAGGGCCAGGCAGCAGGGAUAGCUAUAAAUGAGAAUGGCAGAGGGAUUAUAACAGAGAAUGUGAUCAAAGAGAACCAGUGGGGGGGGGUGGACAUCCGCAGAGGAGGAGACCCCAUCUUGAGGAACAACUACAUCUGUUAUGGUUACUCAGACGGCAUUGUGGUGGGAGAGAGAGGCCGCGGACUAAUUGAGGGAAACCACGUCUACUGUAACAGAGGCUGUGGUGUGUGGGUUAUGUCGUCCAGCCUCCCACAGCUUCUGGGAAACUACAUCACCCAUAACUGUAUGUACGGACUGGCAGUGUUUUGCAGGAAGGACCCGGAGAACAUCGAGGCCAGAGAGGGGAAUUGGCCGGGACAGGAAGGGAUUGGGGGAGACGGAGGUAGUGGGGAAAGGAGGGGGGUAGAGGGAGAAGGGAGAGAAGGGCAGGAGAACUUGAAUGAAGAGGGGGAGCUGUUUGCAUGGGAGAGUGAUCUGGACAGUGAGGAUGAGCGCCACUCUGCCCGUCGUUCCAUCAGUGUGGCCCUGGUGGAGAGCAACUGCAUGACCUACAAUGGAGCGGUCGGUCUGUACGUGAAGAGCAGUGAACCCCUGAAUGUUUUUGCUAACCUCCUAAACAGUAACCGUGGCACUGGCAUUGCUGUGCUGCAGAGCAGUCAGCUGACCCGCCUGGUUACAAACUGCGUUCUUGAAAACGGUCGGGGUGGCGUUACGGUGGAGAAAGACUGUCGAGUAGAGCUUCGUGGUAACGGCAUCUAUAAAAACAGUGGCCACGGUGUCAGUUUCAGCGGUAGUGGGCAGAUUGUGGAGAAUGAUGUGGUUGGAAACCGUGGAUAUGGGAUCCAAGUCUCUGGCGGUGCUGACAUCAAGGUAUUGCGCAACCGUGUCCAACCAGCACAGGGCUGUGGCAUUGCUGUGCAAGGGCCAGUAAAAGGUGUUAUCCAUGACAAUCUCUUGUUCCAGGGCCACCCGGGAAACAAGAAAACAUUGCUACAUAUGGAUCCUGGUAAUGACAGCUGUGUAUUGCGCAACAACAGUGUCCUAAGGCAUAAUAACAGCUUUACAUCUGCUCCUCCCUGGGUUUUGGAAAGCCCUCCACCUCGUCCAUUGGCCAGCUCCCCUUCUGGCCUCGCCUCAACCCAGUAUCCUUCACGACUUGGAAUUUCUAUGACAACCAGGAUCAGCGCCACUGUAGAAAACGGUUGCCAUAGCGGCAGCAUGUUCUGCUCUAUCCUGUGAAUACUGGCAAGCACUUGGAAAUCAAUGAGGUCAAGAUAAACCAAGAUGUCAACAUCUGGUCAGUUUUGACUUUGUAUUUCGUACAUUUGGGGCACUCUUGACCUUCUAAAACUGUGCGGUGGAGUUAAGAGUCAUGGAGUGAGGCUGCUCCCAGUAAAACAACUAAAGGGGCCAUCCACCUUCCAGUGCAUAAGGGUGACGGAACAUUUGUACGUUUAUGAUAUAAUUCCAGUGCACUCAUCAAAUGUAGAUUCUAGGAAACUGGAGUCCAACACAUUCAAGCAUAGUCACAGUCCUACAUCUUAAAACAAACAUUUCCAUACCGAAGCUUUAACCUUUUCAUGUCCUUUUACAAGUUGGUCUUACUUUGUUGGUUUUGUCAGUUUGCUUCUGAGACUCACUGGUUAGGAAGUGCACAUAUAAUUCCUAGCAGGAGUCAAGAGGCUUCAGAGGUGCCAGCUUCAUUUAUGCUACAAAGUAAAGCUGUGCCUUGUUUGACUUUCUAAAUCAAUCAAUGAUUGUAGCUAGGGAAGGUCAUAGUGUGAGGUGUAUAUGCAAAAAAAAAAUACAAAAAAACAAAGCCAAACUUAAGCUUCUGCCUCUUGCACAGAGCUGCUCUGUUUCCUGGUGAGUGUGUGUUUUCGUGUCCUGUCCUCCGUGUUGCUUUUAAAAUGUGAUGGAUUCCAAAGACUACCAGCAAGCUGCGGUGACACGCAACCACACAGACUCACUUGGUAAUAACCAGUUAUAGAAAGGAAAAAGUUAAAUGUGCUAUAUGUGCGGUCUACAAAUGUGCCUAUAAGUUUUGACUGUCUAAAGCUAGAUGUUUUCUGCCAUCUAGAAUUUGUUUACACACCAUUACUCCGCUUUUUUGUAUGUUGUACACUAAGCAUUAAGUAACAAUAUGUACAACUCAAAGUUCACCACUUUAUUUGUCUACAAAAUGCAUUAAUAAACAGAUCUUGUUUGUGGCA